GCGUGACUGGCUGGUGUGACUUUCGGGUAGAGUUGUUUCAGGGAAAGGCCUCCCUGACUCCGACAGGUCUUCUGAGGCAUAGCCGAGCUUGCCAAGCCCGCUCCCGCUGCUGGGGGCCGAAAGGCUUUCCACCGGUUACGCAAGAAGACCGAGCCAAGCCAUCACCCAGAGCGGUUCUUUCGCCGGGAAAGCCGGCGAAGAGGCGGGGAGGGGGGCUGAAGGGCGAGGAGAGGACGUCUCCCCCGGGCGGGACCAGAGGCGGAGCGAGGCGGCGCUUCCUCACUUAUAGCCGGCUCGGUGUAUCUCCUUUCAGGGCUGCCAGGGAGGCGGCGGACGGGGUAGGGAGGAUGGUGGCGACUCAGCUCAGUCAGGAGCGCCCUGCGUACAGGCAAAGCCCGCCGUGCAAGCGGCAUCGGGCCGACGACGUGACCCCAGAAGAGCGGCCUGAGUCCCCGGGCGACGUCGAGGGCGACCUCCAGCUUCGGGCCCCGGUCAAGAAAAGCAAGCCCCCGCUGGUGGGGUGGUUUCCCGGAGGGGUCGAUCCCCCACGCCGCUGCGAGCCCAUGCACCCUCUGGAGCGGCAGCUCUUUCGCGACUACGGGCAAAGCUGGUACCGCUUCCGAAAGGAGCUGGAGAGCAAGUUCCAGCCGCUUGAUCCGCUGGCCCAGCAGCCACAAAUAACUGCAGAGUCUAGGUGCAAACUGAUUAGCUGGCUAAUUCCAGUGCAUAAACAUUUUGGCUUCUCUUUUGAGUCCUUGUGCCUGACUGUGAACACACUAGACCGCUUCCUUACCACCACCCCAGUGGCUGCUGACUGCUUCCAACUCCUAGGAGUUACCUCACUCUUCAUCUCUUGCAAACAGGUGGAAGUGCACCCACCCAAGGUGAAACAGCUUCUGGCCCUUUGCUGUGACACUUUCUCCCGCCAGCAGCUUUGCAAUCUUGAAUGCAUAAUUCUGAACAAGCUUCACUUCAACCUGGCCACCCCUACCAUCAACUUUUUCCUAGAACACUUCACUUAUUUGCGAAUGGAGGCUUGUGAAGCUGAUGCCUGGGAGGCCAACAGUGCCAAAGUUUUGGCCAAAGGUCUAGCUGAACUUAGUCUGGCUGACUAUGCUUUUAACAAAUACAUGCCUUCCUUGUUGGCCGUUUGUUGUUUGGGGCUGGCUGAUCAGAUGCUGCAGCACCAGAAGCCAUUAAACUUGCAGUUAAGUGACUAUCCAGAGGAAGAAUUACAGGAUUGCCUGGACAAGCUGCAUUUACUGGUUUCUUUGAAUGAGGACUCUUUGCCCCUGAUACUACCCCCCGAGAUUUUGGAUCAGUGUCUGCAUUUAGAAAAAUGAGUUACCUUAACAGAAAGUACUUGAAACCUUGUGUGUAACCAUGCAUUUGGAAGAUUUUCCCCAUUUUUUCAAUUGCAUGUUCAACACCAUCACUGAUAAUUGCAAUACCUCUGAAGGAACAGUAUUCACAUAAUUUUACUCAGUAAUAUUUUCAGCAAUUUUACAUGUUAUUUAUAUAUGUUCUUAGUGGAAGCUGUGAUAUUGGUUUAAAGUGUAAUCAAUUUAGAAAUAACUUCUCUAUGUUUAAAAAACAUUUUCAAAUUCUAUUUUGCACAGUAGACUUGUCUUCUAUUGCACUGACAUUAUUUUAAAUAACAAUGAAGUUGUAAACAAUGUACAUAUUUAUGCUAAUACUUAUUUAUUGAGAUGGUGAUAGUUCAUUGCUAAGCCAU